UUUGUCUUCAGAAAGGGGCGGUUGUUGUUAAGUGGACCUGGCUCGGGUAUGGUGCACCGUUUCGACGACCAUUGGUUAUGAAGACCCUCCAUGCGGCCAUCAACACUGUGUUGAAGCGAAGGUUUCCUCGCGAAGUUCCAUAAUGGAUAUUGGAAUGUAGCUGUGAACUCAACUACCAUCCCAUGCCGCUUGUGUCAGUGUUCACCGUGUGUAGCGGCAGGAUGAAAAAGUCUUUAAAAGUGUUUGUCACAGCCAUGCUUGUUCUUGCUGCUCGCGAACUCUCAUAUUAUGGCUACAAAGAUAAGGAACUGCAUCGCGAGGCCAUGGAGGUCCGCUCACGUACAUAUAUGCCAAAUAAGGGUACGAUUCAAGCGGCACUGAAUAACAGAGGUGAAAUAUACAAUGCCCCAAACGUUACCAUUACAGCUGACAACAAGGUAUCGGGUGUGGGUGAACGUUUGAUUGAGGGGAAUAAUACAAUGAAUCUUCAUCAAAACAACACGGUAAAGACGAUGGCAAGCAAUACUACCAAUACAUCAGCAUCGGAGGAAUUGAAAACAAGCAUCAUGAACUUUUUUCACAUAAGUGAUGAAUCUAAGAGGGAUCCAUUGCUUAAUUUGCAUAAAUUUGCAUACGAUAUAAAUUCAGCGGUAUGCAAAAAGCACAAACCGGAUAUUAUAACCUUUAUACAUUCUGCCACUAAAAACUAUGAGAGACGGAUGUUAGUGAGAAAUACAUGGGGAACAUUCACAGUCAUUCGGGGAUUCACCUUGUCACACGUGUUCAUGGUCGCGAGGGCAUAUGAUAAAAACGUGCAGAAAAAAAUAGAUGAGGAGAAUGAAACUUACGGAGAUAUAGUUCAAGGACAGUUCAUUGAUAGUUACAGGAAUCUGACGUAUAAGCAUGUGAUGGGUAUUCAUUGGGUGCUAUCUAACUGUCCAUCUGCCAAACUCAUUGUCAAAGCUGACGAUGAUGUACUUAUCAACGUCUUCAACCUUGUCGAAUACAUUUCCAAAACCGACUUCCGUCAACAUUUCCUAUAUUGCGAACUUUACUACGAUGGGCUUACACGAAGAGAGAAAUUGAGCAAGUGGUAUGUGAAAAGGAGAGAUUAUCCAUUCGACAACUAUCCGACGUAUUGCUCAGGAAUGGCCUAUUUAAUGUCACCGGAUGUCGCAAGGGAACUGUACAAAGCGUCUGAAAACACGCGAUUCUAUUGGGUGGAUGACGUUUAUGUCACCGGUAUCCUUGCGCUGAAAGUGAACCCGACGUUUCGGCCCAUGGUGGAACAUCAUGACUGGCGGCAGAUGAAGAACUAUUACAGACGUCAUAUGAAUCAGUUCAUGUUCCUCCUAGGGACUCGGUUGUGGGAAACGCUUUGGAAAGCAACUUUGAAAGUUGCGCCAGAAAACUGGAAAAGCAAGACCUAGAUUCUGGAGUAUUGCGCGAUUGUAAGUCGGAGUGACUAUUGCGUCUUUCCCUUCCGGUUUCGACAGGAUGUAUACCAUUUUUUUUAGAUAAUUUUUAUUUUAUUUUUGUUCUUUGCUUUUGUUGUUGAUUUUAAAUUGUUAAUGCCAUAAUUGUAUAUUUGUGGUCGUGAAAGGUUUUUGAAUGCUUAGAGUGAGUAUUUCGUCUGUGAGUAUGUCGAACUAAUACUUUAUAGUAGAUGUUAACAAUUUCUAAAAAUCUUAUUUUUAUAUUAUCUCAUUACCUUUGAAUCAAAAUAGAAAACUACGCAUGGAAAUCUAGGAAGGGUCAUUAAAAUUAUUGAUAAUU